AUGACAGAGUCUAAACCGACAUCAAAUGCUGGAGAAGAUGUUCUUCAGUUUCUUGAAACAUUAGACACAUACUCACAAACUACAGAUGCUUCUAAUCCAACAACAGAAGGUCAAGUUACUGAUACCCAGUCAGUUCUUGAUUUUAUUGACCAGUUUUCAAAACAUCAGAAUAAUAAUUCAAAAGGAGAUAGCCAAAGUAAUGUUUCAAUAAGUCAAGAACAUUCGGCAGAACGGCCUGAACCAUCAACACAACCAUCACAAUUAUCAGAUGCGAAUCAAGACAUAAAGCAGAGUGGGACUUGGUCUUGGGGUGGUUUCAUGGCAUCGGCUUCUACAGCUUACAAGACUGCGAGUACUGUCGUUGAUACCUCUGUUAAAGGGGCAUUGGCUACAGUUGAAACUGUACGUACAAAUGAAGGAACUAAAAAAAUUGAAGAAAGAUUUCGAUAUGACCUAAGAACUCUAGGUUUAAAUACUCUUACAACUGUUGUUAAUGCUGUAGUUCCUCCAAUUUCACAAUAUGAAAUAGUAGAAGUAUGGUUAACACAUGAUAUGGUAGGUUAUGUGGGAAUAGAAUCUAUUGUAUAUAGGUCGUUUAUGAAAGUAAUGGAACAAGUUGAGGGUGGAGAUAUUGUAGUACGAAAAGCAAAUGAAUCGAUAAGGCGCGAUUCAGAAGAUGACUCAUGUAGGGAUUUAAAUAUUUGUGAAGGUUUUAUUGAAGCUGUAGGAAUUGCAAAGAAACAUUAUAAACCACCUCCCUCAAUAAGCGAAAAGAUCAAAGAACAAGAUCAAAAAGAGUUGUUAAGAGAUAUUCCAUCUACAACAUGUCCCGUUUUCAUGGCAAUUCAACCCACAAAAGCAAACCCUUACUCUUUACCAACAAAUAACGAAAUCACAAUAGACCCCGAAAAUUAUCUAUAUUACGUUAUCGUUCUUACUGAUCCAACUCAUAAUCUAAACUUCAAGACUGUUUCCCAAGCAUUGCCUGCAAGUUGGAUAGAUAUUCCAUAUGAAGAAAAUGAAUGGGUAGAAGCAAAAAUGGUUUCUGCUAUAAAAUUAGCCGUUCAAAUAAUAGCUCAAGAAUAUGUUUGGCAUCGUAUGACAGCCAGCGAAGGACAGCAACAAGAAGAAAAUCAACCAUCUGAAGAAAAACCGGAAUGA